UUACUGUGUUAAACCCAAAUUCUACCACUAGUUUGUUUCUUUUUACCAUCCCAAUUCUCACGCUGUUAUGACAGUUGCUAGCCACCCACCAUGGAAUCAGAGGACCUGUUUCAUGUCUUAAACGGCCAUUACCUGUUCUUUGAUUGGUCCGAAUCAACCCUUAUCCUUUUGUCUCACUCUAACUUUGAAGUAUCUAUUUAGGCCCCACCGUUUCUCUUUAGGCACCAACUAUUGCCGGCCACCUCUCGGAUUAUAAACUUGUCUCUCUUUGCCUUCAUUUUUGUCAUCCCCCAAGCUUUUCCUACUUUGUAUAUCCUUGCUUUACAGUAACUCAUGGCGGAUCCUGGAAAGAUGGAAGAAGGGCUAGCUCGUUCAAAAGUGGAUCAUGCAGGAGAAGACAUAGAAAACAUGGGGAAAAAGGAAGACAAGCUGGUUGAAGAACAACAACAGUUGCAGUUGCAGGAGCGGCAGCAACAACAACCACCAUUAGUAAAGCAAAAGACAAAGAGGAUUGCGACCCUGGAUGCCUUUAGAGGACUCACCAUCGUGCUGAUGAUAUUGGUAGAUGAUGCUGGGGGAGCAUAUGCUCGGAUUGAUCACUCGCCAUGGAAUGGAUGCACACUGGCCGACUAUGUUAUGCCUUUUUUUCUAUUUAUUGUUGGGGUGGCCAUUGCGUUGGCUCUCAAGAAAAUUCCCAAGGUAAAGGAUGCAAUUAGAAAGAUAUGCUUGAGAACUCUAAAACUUCUAUUUUGGGGAGUUUUGUUGCAAGGUGGAUACUCCCAUGCACCAAAUGAUCUCGUUUAUGGAGUUGACAUGAAACAAAUCCGAUGGUGUGGAAUCCUCCAGAGAAUAGCUUUGGUUUACUUCAUUGUAGCUUUAAUAGAGACUCUCACCACAAAGCUCAGACCAACAGUUUUGAAACCUGGAUAUUCAUCAAUUUUCACUGCUUACCGCUGGCAAUGGUUUGGAGGAUUCAUUGCUUUUGUCAUUUACAUGGUCACAACAUAUUCACUAUACGUCCCAGAUUGGAGCUUUGUUGUAAAGACAGACGACAAAACAACACGAUACACGGUAAAAUGUGGGAUGAGAGGACACUUAGGACCCGCUUGCAAUGCCGUCGGUUACGUUGAUCGAGAGGUUUGGGGCAUUAACCAUCUUUAUGCUUAUCCGGUCUGGCAACGCCUAAAGGCUUGCACUCAUAGUUCUCCAAGUGCAGGUCCUUUCCGUGAGGAUGCACCGAGUUGGUGCCGAGCACCAUUCGAACCAGAAGGCUUGCUAAGUUCAAUUUCAGCUAUCCUCUCCGGCACUAUCGGAAUCCAUUAUGGACACAUUUUAAUUCAUUUCAAGGGUCACUCAGAGAGGCUCAAGCAAUGGGUACCAAUGGCAUUAGGCUUACUUAUAGUGGCCAUCAUUCUUCAUUUUACAGAUGCCAUUCCCAUCAACAAACAGCUUUACAGCUUCAGCUAUGUGUGUUUCACUGCCGGUGCAGCCGGGAUCGUAUUCUCAGCAUUCUACAUCCUGAUUGAUGUUUGGGGAUUGAGGACACCAUUUUUGUUCCUGGAAUGGAUAGGCAUGAACGCAAUGCUGAUAUAUGUGCUUGGGGCGCAAGGCAUCCUUCCUGCAUUUGUAAACGGAUGGUAUUAUGAGUCAACAAACAAUACCCUUGUGUUUUGGAUCCAAAAACACAUUUUCAACAACGUUUGGCACUCGGUGCGGUUAGGGACCCUUUUGUACGUGAUAUUUGCGGAAAUUGUGUUCUACGGAGUCCUUUCGGGCAUCUUGCACAAACUGGGCAUAUACUGGAAGCUAUAAGUACAUAGAUCAUGUUGUAUACUAGAUUUUAAGCAUUUGUCUUUUCUUGUUAAAGAUGAUCACCUGUUUACUCAUACUGAUCAAGUUUCUAAUUUCUGUCGCUGCUUCCAUUUCCCUGGCUAAAAACAGAGGCAUAUCGACAUGAAAGUGAUUGAAAUAGCGAUGUUAAAGAACAAACCAAAGCUGU